AUGAAAGUAAAACUGCCAAAACCAUGGCCAAUCUUAUCAAUUCCAAACCAUGGUCAAACGCGUUGGUCUCGUUUCUGCCCACCCCUCUCUCCAAAACAACGGUGCUCCGAACCCUUCGCCUCGUCAGGGACCCUUCCAAAGCCCUUUGCUUUUUCAAGUGGGCUCAGCAAAGUGUUUUUUCCCACACAGCUCAGUCUUACUUCAUCUUGCCACAAAUUCUGGGUCACCAUAGGUACCUCAACGUUGCCCGAGACUUGCUUUUUUUCCAUCGAGAAAAAGUUUAACGAAACCGUCAAGCUUGAGGACAGGUUCUUCAAUACCCUCAUCAGAAGCUAUGCCGAAGCAGGUCUCUUCAAAGAGUCCUUGAAGCUUUUUCAGACCAUGAAGUUCGUUGCUGUUUCCCCCUCCGUGGUUACCUUCAACUCUGUUUUGUCCAUUUUGCUUAAAAGGGGUCGCACCAAUAUGGCCAAAGAGGUGUAUGAUGAAAUGCUUCACACGUAUGGUGUUAGUCCAGACACUUGUACAUACAAUGUUUUGAUCAGAGGGCUUUGCAAAAACUCAAUGGUCGAUGAAGGCUUUGCACCAAUAUGUACCUGA